AUGCAACAGAGAGAUAUGUGCAUGAAAUAUUUUGAACAUUGGACUGAAAAUGAACAAACUGAAUUUGUAGAACAUCUCUUGUCUCAUAUGUGUCACUAUCAACAUGGUAGAAUAAAUGCUUAUUUGCGUCCUAUGUUACAGAGGGAUUUUAUCUCUGCACUUCCAGCAAAGGGCUUGGAUCAUAUUGCUGAAAACAUUCUAGCCUAUUUAGAUUCAGUAUCACUCUGCUCAGCUGAAUUAGUUUGUAAAGAGUGGUAUAGAGUAGUUUCUGAAGGCAAUUUAUGGAAAAAAUUAAUAGAAAGAAAAGUGCGAACAGACUCUUUAUGGAAAGGUUUAGCUGAAAGACGUGGAUGGGGCAAUACAUUAUUUAAACCAAAGCCUGGAGAACCUGCCAAAGAUCAUAAGUUUUAUAGAGGAUUAUAUCCUUCUAUUAUCGAGGAUAUUGAUAGAAUUGAAGAUAAUUGGAGGACUGGUAGACAUACAUUACAGAGAAUACAUUGUCGUAGUGAAACCAGUAAAGGAGUUUAUUGUUUACAAUAUGAUGAUGAAAAAAUUAUCAGUGGUUUACGUGAUAACACUAUCAAAGUUUGGUUAUGGGACAGAUCUCAAUUAGAAUGUGUAAAAGUGCUAACUGGUCAUACAGGAUCUGUAUUAUGUUUACAAUAUGACGAGAAAAUAAUUAUAUCAGGUUCCAGUGAUUCUACUGUCCGAGUAUGGGGUGUAAAGACAGGAGAAAUGUUAAACACAUUAAUACACCAUUGUGAAGCAGUCUUACAUUUACGAUUCUGUGAUGGCAUUAUGGUCACUUGUUCUAAAGAUAGAUCUAUUGCUGUAUGGGAUAUGCAGUCACCAACAGAGAUUAAUUUACGCAGGGUUUUAGUGGGUCAUCGUGCUGCUGUUAAUGUUGUAGAUUUUGAUAACAGAUAUAUUGUAUCAGCUUCUGGUGACAGAACUAUAAAGGUUUGGAAUACAUCUACAUGUGAAUUUGUGCGAACAUUAAAUGGCCAUAAAAGGGGUAUUGCUUGUUUACAGUAUCAUGAUAGAUUAGUUGUUAGUGGUAGUUCUGAUAAUACUAUCAGGUUAUGGGAUAUCGAAUAUGGUGCUUGUUUAAGAGUUUUAGAAGGCCAUGAAGAGUUAGUUAGAUGUAUUAGAUUUGACAAUAAAAGGAUUGUUAGUGGUGCUUAUGAUGGCAAAAUAAAGGUAUGGGACUUACAGGCAGCCUUAGAUCCUCGUUCUCCAGCUGGUACCCUCUGUCUCCGAACAUUAGUGGAACAUUCAGGUCGGGUUUUCCGUCUCCAAUUUGAUGAAUUCCAGAUAGUAAGUAGUUCCCAUGACGAUACAAUUCUCAUAUGGGAUUUCCUAAAUGUACCUAUUCCAGAAGGUACACGUUCACCAUCUCGUACCUAUACUUACGUCACCCAAUGACUCGAAGAUGAUGUGUUUAUUUAAACAGAAUAGAGCGCUCUAUAUUAACUUGUCAACUAUUGCCGCCUUAUUUUCACAAUGACAUUAUAUUGUGAUUAUUGUGAUGUAUUUAUUUAUGUAAAUGGCAAUGUGUGAUGUAUAACUACCAAAUAUAUUUAAUAUUUGGAAUAGAAAUAUCAAGACAGUUUUCAAAUCAUGGUUCUCAUGAUGAUGAAAUUAAUUUAAUUUGAUUACAAGUACGCAAGGAUCUGAAACAUUUUCCAUAUUUAAAACAUUUUGUGUGUUUAUAUAUGAUAGACAAGGUUUAUUUCCAUCACAUGACAUGAUAGUUUGGAUGAGAGACCAUAUAUAUGUGGACCUUUAAAAUCAUCACACCAAUCAUAUGUUUGCUUGUUGAAUAUUUUAUUUCUAUAUAACAUCAGAUUCCUUAGUCAUCUGUAUAGAAUAGACUUGGAUAUCUGGUCUGAAUUUGAAUCUAAUAUUGUGAAUUUCUCUUAUUUAGUAUUUUGAGUGAAUGUUUAUACAGUUGUCACAAACUGUCAGAUAUUGAAUGUUCUGUCAAUUCUGCAAAUUUGACAAUUGUAAUAAGAACCUACCUACUAACUCUCAUUGUGGACAGACUUGAAUAUUAUUAAUGCGAAUGUCCAAACAAACCAUUUGUAAAAUUGUGUUUGUCAAAACAUUUCAAGCUUUAUAAAAUAUCAAAGUUGAAUAUCUAAGUACGUGUAUUUGUAUAUGGUAUGAAUAUUUAUUUUUACUUGAGGGUGGGUUGAGGGAAAGCAAGUAUGUUAGUGUAUUCUAAAGCAGUAGGAGGACGGAUAUUUCAAUGUUUUCGGUGUAUUUUGUCUGGGGGCUCUAUCUCUCAUUGACAGCUUGAAGUGUGGAUACUAAAUUAUAAGUGAAAUGUGUGACUUUUUGAGCCUGUAGGGAAAGAGAACAUAAGCAUGUCAUUUUGUGUUUUUCUUCUUUUUUUUUCGUCAUGGUAUAUAUUCUUCAAAUCAUCCAUUGUCAUAUUGUUAAGACUACAGUCAUUUCAAAUAAAUUCACAUUUAAUUAUUUAUGUUU